AUGCAGGGAUCACCUACAUGCCCUCACUCCACAGGAUCCAGCUCUAUAAAGGGAUCACUUACAUGCCCUCACCCUACAGGAUCCAGCUCUAUGCAGGGAUCACCUACAAGCCCUCACCCCACAGGAUCCAGCUCUAUAAAGGGGUCACUUACAUGCCCUCACCCCACACGAUCCAGCUCUAUGCAGGGAUCACCCACAUGCCCUCACCCCACAGGAUCCAGCUCUAUAAAGGGAUCACUUACAUGCACUCACCCCACAGGAUCCAGCUCUAUGCAGGGUUCACCUACAUGCCCUCACCCCACAGGAUCCAGCUCUAUGCAGGGAUCACCUACAUGCCCUCACCCCACAGGAUCCAGCUCUUUAAAGGGAUCACCUACAUGCCCUCACCCCACAGGAUCCAGCUCUAUAAAGGGAUCACUUACAUGCCCUCACCCCACAGGAUCCAGCUCUAUGCGGGGAUCACCUACAUGCCCUCACCCCACAGGAUCCAAUUCCAUAAAGGGAUCACUUACAUGCCCUCACCCCACAGGAUCCAGCUCUAUAAAGGAAUCACUUACAUGCCCUCACCCCACAGGAUCCAGCUCUAUGCAGGGAUCACCUACAUGCCCUCACCCCACAGGAUCCAGCUCUAAGCAGGGAUCACCUACAUGCCCUCUCCCCACAGGAUCCAGCUCUAUAAAGGGAUCACUUACAUGCCCUCACCCCGCAGGAUCCAGCUCUAUGCAGGGAUAA